AUGGCAGAUAAUUCAAAAUUGACCGACGAGGAGAGGACUGAGAUCAGGGAGCAGUUUGAGCAGUUGGACACAAACAGCAGUGGUUACAUCGAUCUGAAAGAAUUGAAAGAAGCACUUGACAGCGUCGGAUACAAAAUUCCACAAUGGAAGGUCCGGUGUAUGAUCGAGGAGUACUACGACAAUGGCAACAAGCGUGGAGUGAACGGCAGCAUGAAUGGAGACGCCAGGAAGAACGCCAUCAGCCUCACCGAGUUCGAGGAGCUCUGCGCUAACCUUAAGGCACAACAGGUAUCCAGCACGUUCAAACAGGCUGUCAGUAAAAAAGAGAACCUGGAACACUUGGGCGGCAUGAGCGAAGCCUCCAGCGAUGGCACAACUCACUCGGUUCGACUGGAGGAGCAGAUGGCGUUCUCUGGUUGGAUAAACAGCAACCUGGAACAUGACCCAGACCUGAAGCACCUGCUGCCCAUAGACCAUGAAGGGAAACAGUUGUAUGAGAAGCUCAAAGACGGUCUUAUUUUAUGUAAAGUGAUAAACCACUCGUGCCCCGACACGAUAGACGAGCGUGCCAUCAACAAGAAGAACCUGACUCUAUACACGAAGCACGAGAACCUCACGCUGGCCCUCGUCUCCUCACAGGCCAUUGGGUGCAAUAUUGUCAAUAUCGAUGCCCAUGAUUUGGCUAAAGGCAAGCCUCACUUGGUGUUGGGUCUGCUGUGGCAGAUCAUCCGUAUCGGUUUGUUCAACCAGAUCACAUUGGAACACUGCCCCGGUCUCACCGAGCUGCUCAAUGACCAGGAACGCAUCGAAGACCUGUUGGCGUUAUCACCAGAAGCGAUCCUCCUCCGAUGGGUGAACCACCAGCUACAGAGCGCCGGCGUCACCCGCCGCUGCACCAACUUCCAGCAGGACGUGGCUGACUCUGAGAUCUACUCGCAUCUGCUCAAACAGAUCGCUCCUGAUGAUUCUGGAGUGACACUGGAUGCUUUGAGGGAAACCGACUUACUCCGUCGUGCUGAACUCAUGUUGCAACAAGCCGCGAAGCUCAGAUGUCGCGCGUUCGUGACUCCAGCAGACGUAGUGGGCGGAGUGUACAAACUGAACUUGGCGUUCGUGGCCAACUUGUUCAACCAACAUCCUGGACUACAGCGCUCUGCUGACACUGAGGAACUGCACCAACUUGACGAGACCAGGGAGGAGAAGACUUACCGUAACUGGAUGAACUCUAUGGGUGUGGCGCCGCACGUGAACUGGUUGUACUCCGACCUGACUGACGGCCUGGUCAUCUUCCAGCUCUACGACAUCAUCAAACCUGGCAUUGUUAACUGGAAGAAGGUGCACCGUCAGUUCUCGAAGCUGCGUAAGUUCAUGGAGCGGCUGGAGAACUGCAACUACGCCGUGGAGCUCGGCAGGCAGCUCGGGUUCUCACUCGUCGGCAUCGCAGGGGCUGAUAUUAACGAGGGAAAUGCUACGCUUACACUCGCCCUGAUCUGGCAGUUGAUGCGUGCGUACACGCUGUCGGUACUGACCCGGCUGGCCAACACCGGGAACCCCAUCAUUGAGAAGGAGAUCGUGCAGUGGGUCAACAACAAACUCGCUGGCGCUGGCAAAACUUCUUCUAUUAGGAGCUUCCAAGAUGAGGUGUUGGCUGACGGUAAGGUGGUGAUCGACCUGAUCGACGCCAUCAAGCCAGGCUCCAUCAACUACGACCUCGUGCUGCCUGGAGGCAAUGAGGAGGAGAACCUAGCCAACGCGAAAUACGCGAUUUCAAUGGCGCGUCGUUGUGGAGCGCGCGUGUACGCGCUACCGGAGGACAUCACGGAGAGGAAACCCAAGAUGAUCAUGACAGUGUUCGCGUGUCUUAUGGCGCUCGACUAUAUUCCUGCCAUGGACGCGCCCGUCGCCAACGCGGAACCUUCUCAAUUUGCCCGAUCAGGCAAUGGUGUCAACUACGAAGCUACGGAUGAAGGGUACGGCGUUGAGGAACAAGACUACAAUCCUGAAGACGCCGCGGAGGUAGAAAUAGUCGAGUCCGCAGAAGUAUCCGAGGAUCCAACACCAGCGUCUGGUGAAGCUGAGGGACCUAGCCAACUGUCUGAGAAGCCGGUGCCUCCACCCAAACCUGAAAACCUGACUGCUGUGCCCAGAAGUGCCUCAGUUGUUGAUGAACAAUAA